AUCAUCGACCAUUAGAUUCACAAUGGAUUUCAUAUGAUAUGACAGCAACAAAAUUUGAAGAACUUAUGGCUAAAACACAAAUGCAUGAAAGAGAAGAAUUCAAAUCAUUAAAAGCUUUAAAUAUAUUCUAUCAAGCUGGUUUUAGUAAACAAAAUAAUCCUGUAUUUUAUUAUAUUGCACGUCGUUUUAAAGUCAAUGAAAUGAAUUGUGAUUUAUUAAUCUAUCAUGUUCUAUUAACAUUAAAACCAUUUCAAGCUAAACCAUUUGAAUUAAUUAUUGAUUUUACUCAUACAUGUACUGAUAAUCGUUUUAAAACAGAUUAUUUAUCAAAAUGGUUUAUUUGUAUGCCCGAUUGUUUUUAUUAUAAUCUUCAAGCAUGUUAUAUUUAUAAUUGUAAUUCAUGGGUAAGAGAAUAUACAAAAUAUCAUGAUAGAAUAUUAUCAACAAUAAAAGGUACACGAAAAUUAAUAUUUCUCGAUCAUAUAUCACGUUUAAAUGAUUUUAUUGAAUUUGAUCAACAAAAAUUACCUGGGCAUACAUUAUCAUUAGAAGAAGAUCUUCGUGUAUUUAAUAAUGCAUUAAAAUUAUCACAUAAAGAUACAAAAGUUGCAAUUAAAGUUGGUCCACAAGCUAUACAAGUAACAUCAAGUGAAAAAACGAAAGUUCUUGGUCAUAGUGUUUUACUGAAUGAUGUUUAUUAUGCAUCUGAAAUUGAAGAAGUUUGUCUUGUUGAUGACAAUCAAUUUACAUUAACAAUAGCAAAUGAAACCGGUCCAUUAUCAUUUAUUCAUAAUGAUUGUGAUAAUAUUGUUCAAUCUAUUAUUCAUAUUCGUACACGUUGGGAACUUGCUCAACCUGAUUCCAUUCAAAUUCAUAAUAAAAUUCGUCCAAAAGAUGUUCCUGGAACAUUAUUAAAUAUUGCAUUAUUAAAUUUAGGUUCACUUGAUCCAUCAUUACGUUCAGCAGCUUAUAAUUUAUUAUGUGCAUUAACACAAACAUUUGAUUUACGUAUUGAAGGUCAAUUACUUGAAUCAUCUGGUCUUUGUAUACCAUCAAAUAAUACAAUAUUUAUAAAAACAAUAUCAGAAAAAUUAGCAUUGAAAGAAGCACAUUUAACAUUAGAAUUUUUAGAAGAAUGUAUUGAAGGUUUUAGAAAUUCAACAAUUGAAUUAAAACAUCUUUGUUUGGAAUAUAUGACAAAAUGGUUACCUAAUUUAACAAGAUUUUGUAAACAAAAUGAUGAUAAUAAACGAAUGAAAGUUUCAAUGAUACUUGAUAAAUUAAUAACAUUAACUAUUGAAGAGGAUGAUAUGUAUCCAUCAAUACAAGCGAAAAUUUGGUCAAAUAUUGGACAAGUUAGUGAUUUAUUAGAUAUUGUUUUAGAUUGUUUUAUUAAACGAUCUGUACUUGGCGGUCUUGGAUCUGUUCAAGCUGAAAUUUUAGCUGAUACAGCUGUUGCAUUAGCGAGUUCAAAUGCAUUAUUAUUUUCACGAAAAGUUAUUGGACGUCUUUGUCGUUUAAUUGAAAAAACAUGUUUAUCACCAACACCAACAUUAGAACAACAUUUAAUUUGGGAUGAUAUUGCUAUUCUAUUAAGAUAUUUAUUAAUGCUUUCAUUUAAUAAUUCACUUGAUGUUGCAUCACAUUUACCAUUUUUAUUUCAUAUUGUUACAUUACUUGUUAGUACAGGUCCAUUAACAUUACGGGCAUCAACACAUGGUCUUGUUAUAAAUAUUUUACAUGCUUUAUGUACAUGUUCACAUCCACAAUUUAGUGAUGAAACACAACGUGUACUACGUUUGUCAUUAGCUGAAUUUUCUCUACCAAAAUUUUAUGCUUUAUUUGGUUUAUCAAAAGUUAAAUCAGCAAGUGUCAUCGCAUUUCGUACAGGUAUUAUAAGACAACAGCAACAUUCAAGUCAUCUAUUAUCAUCAGAUAAACAACAAAAUGAACGUUCAAUAAUGAUGACAAAUAUGUAUUCACCAACAAUUGAACAAUCGGAACGAAUGAGUUUAACAUCACUUGAAACAAUAACAGAUACAUUAUUAGAAUUAAUGGAAGCUUGUAUGAAUGAUAUACCUGAUUGUGAAUGGUUAGCACAAUGGCAAGAAUUAGCUAAACGUUUUGCAUUUCAAUUCAAUCCAGCUUUACAACCAAGAGCUAUUAUUGUCUAUGGUUGUAUAUCAAAAACAACAAGUGAUGGUGAAAUCAAAGUUCUAUUACGUAUUCUUGUUAAAGCACUUGAAUCAUUUUCUGAUAUUGAUUUAAUUGAUGCUAUUAUUAUGUGUUUAACACGUUUAUUACCAUUAUUAUCACCGGAAUCUAAAAUACAUAAAUUUAUGUUUUGGAUAUCAAUAUCAAUAUUACAACUACAUCAAACACAAUUAUAUGCAUCUGGUUUAGCUUUAUUAGAACAAAAUCUUCAUACACUUGAUCAUAUGUUAAGUUUAUUUGAAAAUACAAGUACGCAUCAACAACAAACUUUAGAAAAAAUUAUGAUGGAUGCACGUGAACCAUUAGAAUGGCAAUUUAAACAAUUAGAUGCUAGUAUGGGUUUAUCAUUUAAAUCAAAUUUUAAUUUCGCACUUGUUGGACAUCUUAUCAAAGGAUUUCGUCAUCCAGUUCAAUCAACUGUUGUACGAACCACACGUGUUCUUUCAACUCUUCUUAGUAUUGUUGCUAAAUCUGAAUCUCAUGAUAAAUUUAAAGUAACAUCAACAUCAAUACCAUAUUUAGCUGCAUUAGUUAGUGUUGUUGA